AUGACUCUCCCACUACCAUCUCGCUAUGCUCUUGACGACCCGAUGGCUUCUGAUCCGUUCUUCCAUCUACCUAUUGAUGCAGAAGUCAGUCAUGGUGACCUAGCAACAUCGUCCUCGUUUAGCACCUGCCUGUGCUCGAGCCUCGAGCUCGAUGGCUGCACGGUGUGUAGGACAUAUCCUCGGCAGGACCAAGCCGUUGACCUACCUCGGAUCGACAGUCCCCACGUAACUGCGAGCACGAGCACAGUAGCUGCACAACAGGAGGUCGAGGUGGGACGAUGGGACGUGGCUGCCCGUAAGAAGCACAGCAAGGCGUGCAUGGGCAAGAGCCGGCUCAACGUAGAGAACAAGGUGGAGAUUGUCUGCCUCUAUUAUUCCUCUGCAGCGUCGUCGAGAUACAGGAGGCCGAUGCGCCAGCGGGACAUCUCAAGGAUGUACGGGAAGAGCCGUGCAGCAAUCAGCAAGCUUCUGAGGCCAGAGUAUGCUUUUGAGCUCAUGAUGACAGCGGAGGGUUUGAAGGUGCGCAAUCGCAGCGAGGUACUGGAGAACAUCAAGCAGGACCUCCUCAAGGGUUCAGCAUCCUCCUCGAGCCCCCCCAGCAGGGGAUGA